CGCGCCCGCGCUUGCUUCUCUGUCUUCGUCUGCGGCUCGAGCGCCGCUGCUCCGUGCGUCUUUGUGCGCGUGCCUGGAUGGGCUUGCCAGGUCCGCGGUGCCUGCGAGUAGGAGCCGCCGCGGCAGACAGGCUGGCGGAAGUGUCUGUCAGCAGCAGUGGGCAGCAGAGCCCCGCCGGCUUUGUGCGCUUCCUCCUCUCUCCGCCCGCCGCACGCCCACCCUCGCCUCGCCACAUCCAGAGGAGAGCGGCGGAGAUGGCCGGGCGCCUGGACCGGCUGCCUGGCGCCGAGCUGCAGCUCUCCAGUUAGCGCCCUUGCCCGGGAAAGAAGAAGAUGCCAUUGCCCGCCCGCCAGAGCCCAGGGAGGCCGCCACUAGCAGCAGCAGCAGCAGCAGCAGAGAGACGGAGCCGCGGCGCGAGCAGCAGAUGCAGCAGCGCCGCCAGCGCUUGCUGGGCUUUCUCCGCAUCCAGGGCGGCGCUUCUCCAUUGAGCAUCUGACAGCCACAGUAGUAGCCGCCGCCGCCGCCUUUGCUGCUGCAGGAGCAGCCUCCGCCGAAUCUCGGGCCCGGGGAAAGUUCCCGCUGCGCAUUGGGGGAAACGCUGGCCAGGGGCGGCUGCGCAGAGCCCAACUGCGGGGAAAAUGAGCGAGCAGAGUAUUUGCCAAGCCCGGGCAUCAGUUAUGGUCUAUGAUGAUACCAGUAAAAAAUGGGUGCCAAUAAAGCCUGGUCAGCAAGGCUUCAGCCGAAUCAACAUCUACCACAACACUGCCGGUAAUACAUUUAGAGUAGUCGGAGUUAAAUUACAAGAUCAACAAGUAGUGAUUAAUUAUUCAAUUGUGAAAGGACUGAAGUACAAUCAGGCGACACCAACAUUCCAUCAGUGGCGUGAUGCACGGCAGGUAUAUGGGCUGAACUUCGCUAGCAAGGAAGAGGCAACCACAUUCUCAAACGCAAUGCUGUUUGCUCUGAAUAUUAUGAACUCGCAGCAAGAUGGAGGUCCAACAACCCAACGGCAGGUUCAAAAUGGACCUUCACCGGAUGAAAUGGAAGUUCAGAGAAGGCAAGCGAUGGAGCAGCAACAGCAACAGCGCCAGGAAUCUCUGGAAAGAAGAACCUCUACCACAGUCUCCACCCUUCAGAUAAAAGUGUCUUCUUCCCCUUUCCACUGCCAGUCUCCUCCUCCUGACUACAGUAACUACAAUGCCUCCGCUUCCACUGGCGCUGUUCCUCCUCCACCUCCCUAUGCCAAAGUUAUCUCGUCAGCGUCUCCUCCUGGCCCUGAGCCCUCUAGCAAAGCCUACUUCAGAUCUCCUCAUGGAGCCAGAGAAUCUCCUCUGCCUCGCCACCAACAUUCUGCCUCCGAGCUCUCACCAUCUCCUGGCCCUUCCUUUCCUCCAGCCUGGCCAGGCCAUAGGACUCUUACGCGGAGCACCAAGCAAUUCUCUUUAUCCCCACCACCUGCCCCUGCUUCCCACUAUCCUUUCACCCCACCUCAGCCUAUCAGACGUUCCUCUCUCUCAUAUUCUCCUCAGUCUUCCUCUUCUCCUGUAACCUUUACAUCCCCUGUGCCAAAGGGGUUGAUCCUGCAGCCUCAUAUUCCAGUAGUUCUUCCUGUGAUUUCUGCCCAGAAUGGCAGGAUCCAGGGGCCUACAGAUUCAGUGGUCCAAGACUCCUCGGCACACGUACCUCAACUAGGUCUGAAUGGCCACCGUGAAGAACAUUUCGCCACACAAGCUCCUCUAAGCAACACUAGGUCCCAGGUAAAGAGAACAGAUGAGUCCUUUUUCUCAUACCUGGAAGCGGUACCCGUUUCCCAUCUACCUGUUAUCAGCGGCCCAGCUGGGUCCUUCAUCCCGGCUUUCUCUCAGCCCUCUCAUCUGUCGCCUUAUUCUCCACACCAGCUAUAUCAGUCCAUGUCACACUUUGUUUCGUUACCUCCUCAUUACGCUGCUGUGUCUGAGGUGAAUUUGUGCAAGAGGACCCCUUCUUACAUGACUUCAUCAACCAUUUCCCACUUGAGCCCCGUCCUCCCACCAGGUCAUCCUUCUGCCACUGCUGGAAUACCUGCCUCAUCGGGUGGACCGCCGCCUCCUCCACCACCACCAGUACCUCCUCCGCCUACAGGAUCUGCGCCUCCUCCUCCGCCCCCACUGCCAGCAGGUGGAGGUACCGGCACUGAUGACGGGUCAGUGUACGGACUAGCGGCAGCCCUGGCUGGUGCCAAACUAAGGAGAGUACAGCGGCCAGAGGAUGGUUCAGGAGGUUCCAGUCCCAGUGGGGCUUCCAAGAGUGAUGCCAAUCGGACAAGUAGUGGCGGAGGUGGACUAAUGGAAGAAAUGAAUAAACUCCUGGCAAAAAGGAGGAAAGCAGCAUCACAGUCGGACAAACCAGCUGAUAAGAAGGAGGAGGAAAGCCAAAAUGAAGAUGCAAGCACUUCACCUUCGCCUGUCACACGAGGCCCUGUUCAGCAGCAAAAUUCUUCAGAUGCUGGGAAGAAGCUUUGGGAGAGAAGCAACUCUGUGGAAAAACCAGUCGCUUCAUUACUUUCUAGAAAUCCAUCAGUGGGGAAGAGUCCUGAACCCAAGAGUCCCAUUCAGUUCCAACCGUCUUUUAGGAUGAAACCGGCAAGCAGCAGCAAUGACGUGGCAAUGGACACCUUAGAUUUUGAUCGCAUGAAACAAGAAAUAUUGGAGGAAGUUGUAAAAGAAUUACACAAAGUAAAAGAAGAGAUAAUCGAUGCCAUCAGGCAGGAGUUGAGUAGAAUCAGCACAACAUAAUGUCCAUGGAACCACCUGAAAGGUACAAAGGAUGCAAAAGGCAACUGGAUUGUUUCUGAGUGUACCAAGAUCAUGCAAGAUGGUGAAAGAGGACACCUGGCCCUGUCUUUUGAAUCCUUUUUAUUAGCAGACUCAGCAGACUUUGAUGCUUGCUGCUGCCUUGGAUUUGCUUCAUUAAAAAAAAGAAAAGGAAAAGAAAAAAAGUCUUAAUCUUAAGAGAAAAUAUUAAAAUUAAAUUUCUGGAUUUUUUAAAUUUCAUCUGACAAUGCACAUCAGAUUUGGUCAGCCUUUUUUGUAUUUUGUAUUUGCUUAUUUAAAUGUAUGACAUUUUUUUUCUUUUUAGUAUAUAGUAGGUAAGGAAACCCGUGAACCAUUCGCUUUUACUAGACUUCAGAGUAAUUUUACUGGUAGUCUGCAAUGUAAAUGAAGACCCUUUUGCCAACAGAAACCUAUUUGUGGCAUCACCAGAGGAGGCAGAAAGAUGCCAGCUGUCAGCCAUCAAGCCCCUGGUCUCAGAGCUAUUACAAUAUUAAAGCGGUACAUCAGUGCAUCACAGUAUCUGUGUUCAUAUUGGUAAUAAAUUGUUCAUUGUC